AUGGCCAAUAUUCCCCCAAACAACCCCAAUCACCCCCGGUGGCUGCUUGAUCUCGAACAGUGGGCGAUCCGUGACUAUCGAGAGAUCGAAGACGAUGUGCUGCGGAACGGAUACGGCAUUAUCUCCUACACCUGGGGUAGGUGGGCCUCGUGGAACCAGGCCCCUCCUGACGUGCCACAAGGGCUACAGUGGCCAGUUCCGCUUGUCGAAGUCCUGCCUCUGGGCCUGGCUCGGAGUGUAGUUUCAAGCAUGAAGAUUCGAUACGUGUGGUGGGACUGGAUGUGUGUUCCACAGGGGAACGCAAGCACGUUACCUCCAGAGCUAUUGCAGGCCAAAGGACAAGAGGUCGGGAAGCAGAUGGUAAUCUACAAAGGGGCAAAGAGAAGCAUCGUAUGGCUUCAUCGCACGAAUUGGGGUCAGGACUCUCCGAUCGAGAAGUUGCUGAAAAAUCAGCUGCCAAGACAGAACCUCCGCGGGUACUUUGAUGCCGUUGAUAGCCUUCUCCAUGAGAUACAGGAAGCUGAGCCUUGGUUGACCUCUGGCUGGACACUGCAGGAGGGGGUUCUUCUCAGUGAGACUCUUUUGUUGGAUUACCAAGGUACGACACUACGCGAUGACCGUUUCCUUCACAACCAAGGCCAGGCAUCCGUGCUUGACCUCACAGCCGGUCUCACAACAUUCGCUAUCCACAUCGCCACAGCUUUCCUGAAGAUCAGUGAGACGCAAGAUGGUGGUGAUUACGACGAAGUAGUUCAAUUCAUCCGCGCCUCAGAAGAGAACUACCAAUAUGUCGCACAGUUCCUCUCCCGCCUCCUGCGCUCGGGUUUGAUCGCCUACACUAAGAAGUCCCCGUUGUACAUCCUAGCUGGGAAGUUUUCGCGCCAUUACGGUGUGGAGGAGGAUCAGUGCUGGGCAUUGUUGGGAGCACUGGAGCUAGCGAACGUUACGCCCUGGUACAACAACGCCGCGGACAUGGACCGGGUCAAGUCCGUCUUCUUUGCACGUCUGCUCCAGGAGCAUCAGUGGUCCACGGUGCUGGUAGCCGGCGCAAGUGGAAAUCAACAGGAUAUUGCUCAACUACCGUGGCACAUCAAAGUGACCGAUGGUAAAUAUCUGCCCUUGGGAAUAUUCUUCGACGUCAAUUGGAAGCCGAAUCUCCCGGGCCUGUCGUGGACUUACCCUGCAACGCCAGGAAAUGAUGCCAUUCACAUCCAGACCAGGACUGGAGCGCCAUUCGCCGUUGUAAAGGUUCGUGAGAAUGGUUCCGCGCUCUGCAGGCGCUACGAACAGCUUCCGACUCCCGACGGGGCAGGAUCCAUUCGUAUUCUGCCUGUUAGGCCCUUGGAACCUUCUGCGGCACUGUUCUUCCCAAUUGCGGAUCUGGAAAGUAGGCCAAAUAUGCCAGGUGCACGCUGCAUUGAACUUAUUCCCGCUGGAACAGGGGCUCAUCCGGCCGGAAUAUUCAGGGGGGUGGUUGAUAUUUGGGCAACUGAAGCUACUUUGGAGAAUGUUCACUUCACCAAACUUUCAAUGCUAAGCGGAAUCUGA